ACAGACCACCACCACUCGUCCACUCGCGCGCGCACUCCGACCACUACUCCUAUAAAUACCACUGCUCGUGCGCUCCCCUGAUCCAGCCACAGGCCGGUCCUCGAUCGAUUUGGUGGCCUGCAACAACCGUGCUCCGCGCCUGCGGCCAUGUGCUCAUCCUUCCUCCGCGUCUUCUUCUUCUUCUUCCUCCUCCUCUCUCUCGCAGCUCGAUCGUGGCACCAGCAGGGAAUCGACCGAAAUCGGUGGCUGCUGCCUUCUCUGGGUGUCUGAUCGCUCUGUCCACACCAAGCACAGAACACUGUUCCUCCUUCUGCCUGUUGUUCAUUGAUCGAUUUCUGUGCGUGGUCACUGAUCCGCUCUCUUGAGUCCAUGGAGCGGGGAGCUCCACGCACACCAUCCUGCAUUUGUUCGUCGCAUCCUUUUCUCGUUUCGUGACGGCCGGGCAAGCCGGCGGAUCAUCCAAGACCCACACGCACCAACGAACCCUCGCCUCCACCGGUUGUCGAUCGCCCGGUGGUUAGACGCAACGAGAGAUGGUGCAUGAGCAGAGCAGCGGCAACCACCACCACCACCACCAGCAGCAGCUGCCGAGGUUCGGCGCCCGCGCCGGCGCGGGCGCGGCCACCGGCGUGUCGCGGCCGUCGAAGAAGAGCAAGGUCAACAAGGCCCCGCAGCGCGGCCUCGGCGUGGCGCAGCUCGAGAAGCUCCGGAUGGAGGAGCAGAAGAAGAUGGAGGGAGCCGCCACCGCCAUGUCGGUGUCGGGGGCCGCGCACCUCGGCGGCGCAGGCGGUGGGCUCGGCCACCUCCUCCCGAUGCACCCUCCUCCUCCACCGCCGCCGCUGUCGCUCAGCGCCCUGCCGAGGCCCGGCGCGGACGGCGGCGGCGUGCACUGCGGCUACCCGCCGGUGCUCUGGGACCCGUCGUCCGCGGACCCCAUGAAGAAUCUGUACAAGAGGAGCCUGUGCUCGCAGCCUUCACUUCCAUCGUGGCAUGGGCAGGUGAGCACGGGCUUGUCGCUGACGGCGUCGUCGAGCCACCCAACGGAGCCCCCUUCAAACCAAAUGUACAGCAGCAGCAGCAGCAGCGUUUGCAGGAGCAGCGCGGCGGCGCCGGCGCCGGCCGACGACGAGAGGGAGGCGGCCGGCGUGGAUCGAUCCUGGCCCUUCAUGUUCGAGGGCCUCAACACGACUGCCUUCCGGACGACGAUGGGCAAAGCGCCUUUCGCCCCCAGGACGACGAGAGAGGCCGCCGCCGGCUUGCCUGAUGUCUGUCCUGACCUGAGCAGAUACGAGUUCAGAGCCUCAAACUAUCUCAGCUCGAAUGCGAGUUAUUCAGACUGGCCAUCGGAGUUUGGGCACUGCAAGAGCAGCAAGGACAGCGAGGCUGCCUACCUUACCUUGAACGCACAGCCCACGCCACGCAUGAAGUCGCAGCAGCCUCCUGCGCUCCCCCCGAUCCACCUCCCGGAGUUCGGCGACUUCGGCGUCAUGCAGUCUCAGCAUGGGAGCGCUUCAGCGUCGUCGUCGUCGUCGUCAUCGCGGCCGUUCUACAGCUUCAUGCCGGUUGGCCCAGUUCGCUGCGAGAGACCGCUGAGCGAGAUCAAGGCCGACGCCUCUGACGGCGUCGACCUGGAGCUGAAGCUGUGAAGGAGCUGAGCUCAUCACUGGAAUCCUCCGUCCCCUCUGUUCCUUCCUGAUAAAACAUGACACCCAAAUCUGCAGUCGGAAACACGGAACAGCGUUCGUCGUCGCUGAGAAAAGAUUGUGGUGCCGUCUUCGGUUUGUAACCUGAAACACGAUGUGUAUCAGAAUUUGCGUUCUUUUCAAGAUUUUUCAGUUCCAAUAAACAUCUGGUGAGGGCUACUGGCUACCUAGCAGCCACCCCCUGCAAGAUUGCCGCUGGUGGACUCUGUGCAUGAUCGAAGCACGAAGCGUUUGCACAUGGCUCCGAUAAGAUCGUGUGUAGAAAACAGUGGCGGUGCAGUGUUGUUGAACAGGCUUUCAGUAAUGAAAGAAGAGCACGUGCACGAUCGGCAUUACAGGCUUGCAGCUGCAUCCUGCAGCUAGCUAGCCUGUGGGGUCUUUUUCUGUAUAGAUCUAGCAAGGCAUCAUGGUACUCCCAGAUAUAUAUGCACAGAUAGUCAGAUAGAUGUACGCCAAGAUAUGCAAAGAUGGUUGUAGGUGUUCUGUUUUUUUUUUCUUAUUUGGAACAUUUGUGUUGUGGAUGUUAAUGCUACGUGCAAUGGAAUCACAGUAUUUCCCAUUUUAUUUGA